AAUUCUUGUAUUGCGUGCAAUUUCCAUCCAAAACACAUUAAGAUUUCAGGGAAGCAUAAAGCCAAUCUUAACAAAACACCCCCAUUUAGAAUUUGAUUUUUUUUCCAUCGCAUUACUUUUCUUCACAGUGUUUGAAGGGUUGGUUGAGGCAAAUAACAAUGGUGAAAGGAUCUCAAGUCGUGCUUCCUGUACAUCGAGAGCUACAUAACAAGGCAGUGCGGGCAUUCAAGAAGGCAGAUAGCUACCAUCUGAUUCGGCCAAAGUACACACCCGAGGCGACGGAAUACUUACUGCAACUGACAGGAAUCCUCACAUCUGACCACAAGGUCGCAUCCAACAAACCGCUGACCAUCCUUGAGAUCGGAUGCGGCACGGGACUUCUCACGGACACGCUGACCAAGGUACUCAAGGGCGCAGAUAAUGUCAAAAUCAUGGCAGCGGAUCCGCUUGAGAGCAUGCGCGAAGUGUUUCAGAAAAAACUUCAAGGAGUUCAUGAACAACAGCUCCAGCCCAAAGCUCGAGUUCCAUGCCUGCGUCGCCGAGAAACUGCUUUCUUUGGGGAUUUGACUGAUAAAUCGUUUCCGGAUGAGAGUAUAGACCUGAUUGUGGCCGGCGCGAGCUACCAUUGGUUCGCGAAUCAGGAGGCGUAUCGCGAGAUUGCGCGUGUGUUGGUUCCACAUGGAAAGAUAGGGUACAUCACGAAUCUACCGAAUGAGUUCAGCGGGCCCGUUUGGUGCCAGGAGUUGUGGAAGUUACUGUGGGAGGCUUACAAACACUCCAAUGUGUCAUCCGAGCGCGCCGACUUGUGGAGAAACGAGAUGAAAAAAAGUGGCCUCUUUACGGAUGUGGUGGAUGACUACACAAAGACUAAUUUUGAGGAGUGUGAUAUGGAGACUUGCAUCAACUCAUUCACCUCUUACAGCAUGGUCCAGGCAGGUUCGGACGAGGUCAGACGAAACUUUGAGGAAGGCUUUCGCCAGGUCAUGCACGAGCAUUUUACUGCAAAAGGCAUAGAAUUCACAGGAAUUCCGUACCAAGUAGACAUCCACUACUGCCAAAAGAAGUGAUGUGGGAAUAGCCAAACACAUCUUGGUUGAUAUAUGAUGAUUAUUAACCGUGUCUUAAUUUUUUCUACUAUUUGCACAUUGUUUUAUGCAAUAUAUCUUCACUUUCAAAAAUAAAAAUCUGCACAUUUCAACGUAAAUAAAAUUUUCAAAGAAACAUAUAUAUAUAUAAGGAUAUAAGUAUAUAAGGAUAAAAAGGGCAUUCUUUGUCUUCUUUUGGCUCGUAAAUGUUUUUGUUAGCAUAAGCAGUUUGAAAUUAGAACUGGGAAUAAUCAACUACUAAACAUUCUACAUAAGAGCCAGCCCAAUUAGUGAUAAAGUAUAGAAUGUAAUAUUAAAAUCAUCCAUUAUUCCCUA